AUGGCACCCAAGCAGCCUAUUCAGAAGGCAACUGUUAUCAAAACCGCCUCAGAGAACCAACCUCAAACAGCCUGUCAUAUCAAUAAAGCCGUUUUGGAUAAAAUCCAGAAAUGUCUGAACCGCGCCUACCAUGCCAACGUAUCAGAAGCAGAAGCCAAAACCGCACUCUUUCUAUCUCAGAAACUAUGA